UGUCAUAGACCAGAUACCAUCUACUUCACAGGAUGUUUUAACAGAGAUGUCAGAGCAAUCUAAUAAGAAGGAAUUCGUUACUUUGCAUAAUGUUCCUUUAUCUACAACACCGUAUUUUGAGGAUGAUGUGUCAUCUAUACACGAGGUUCUGCCAUCACCAGGUAACGAACAAUUAGGUGAUGAUCCUGGCGAUUGUGACGACAGCGAUAAGGAUAAAGACUACGCCCCAGAGUCAGAAAGUUCAGAUUCUGAUAUGGUUAAUCUACAGCAACUUGCAGAUAAAAUAAAAAAGAAAAACAACAAUUCGGCGGGUCAAGUGGAAAAUGUUAUUAAAGAAAAUAGGCGAGGUCGGAAAACAGUAAAGGAAGAAACCAGGGAGAAAAGAAAGUUAAGAAAAACAAACAGAAAUUUGGGUAGGGAAUAUACUACCAGCAAGGGGAAACUUAUCAGAAAAAGAGAGAGAAGACCUUUAUGCUCUUGUAGGAAUGGAUGUUGUAGUAAAGUAGAUGAUGUUCAGUUGGACAUGCUUUUUGAUUAUUUCUGGUCAAUUGGCGACUUUGACGAGAGGGUUGCCUAUACCGCAAGUCUUAUUACGAAACAAAGAAAGAAAACAGCAAUAACGUCAGAAAGGAAGAAAAAGCGAGACUGUGUUAACGUUUUUCAUUUGAAAGUUAAUGGCGAGUUGAUUCAAGUUUGUAAAGGGUGCUUUGAAAAAACCUUCGAUAUUUCUAAUAAAUUUAUAACGACUGUAUUAUUAAAAAUGAACUCAACAGGAAUAUGUGAAAAAGAUAAAAGAGGUCGUAAAGAGCCUCCAAACAAAAUAAGUGAAAACAGUUUGCAGCUAGUAAAAGAUCACAUAGCUUCCAUUCCAACCUACGAAAGCCAUUAUUGUAGGAGGAAUUCCGAAAAACGAUUUUUACCUUCAUUUUACACGUUGAUACGUCUUUAUGAAGAAUAUAAAAUUUGGGUCCCGCCAAAUAAUAAGCCCGUAAGUCGUAAGAUUUAUGAACAUGUUUUUCACGAAAUGGGCAUUAAAAUAAAAAAGUUCCAGAAAGACACAUGCGCUACGUGUGAAAAAUUGAACAUUUUGAUUCGCAAUGAGAAAAACAGUGAAACCUUGAGUAGGUUAAAAACUGAACUGCAGUCACAUCUAGAUGAAGCUCAGGCGGCUUUUGAUUCGAAAAGACAAGACAAAGACCUUGCAAAACAGGAUGAGACUAAACUUGUAUACGUGUUUGAUCUUCAACAGUGCCUACCAACCCCAGAUCUAACUGCCUCUGUUGCCUUUUAUAAAAGAAAACUGUGGACCUACAACCUGACCAUGCACGAAUGUAAAAAAAAACAAGCGAUCUGUUGCAUGUGGUACGAGACCAUUUCUGGACGGGGUGCAAAUCAGGUAGCGUCUUGCGUAUUUCGAGAACUUUUAUCUUUGCCUCCUGAAAUAAAGCAUGUUACACUUUAUUCUGACACUUGCGGAGGUCAGAAUAAAAAUUCCCAUGUUGUAGCAAUGUUUCUAGUUCUUAUGCAGCUGACUCAUCUGGAAAGUGUGGAUCAUAAAUUUUUGGUUCCCGGUCACACUCAUAUGGAGUGUGACUCCGAUCAUUCUGUCAUUGAGAGAAAGAAAAAGAAGUAUGAAUAUCCAAUAAAUCAUCCGCGUGAUUGGUUUCAACUAGUGCGGUUAUGUGGACAGGCAAAUAAUAAGUUCCAAGUUAUUGAGAUGAACAGGGAACAUUUCUAUAGUUUCUCAGACCUGCUCAAGAAAGUAUUUCAAGUAAAGAAAAAGGAUGAGGAAGGAAACCAUUUUGUUUGGAAAAAUGUGAAAUGGCUAAGAUUUGAAAAAAAGAAAUGGACAUUUUAUUAUAAAACUUCUUUGAGUUACAUAGCUCCCUUUCAUGAAAUGGACUUUUCAAGACGUGGACAAACUAAGGAGAUACCAGUCUCAGCAAUCCCUAAGUGUCAAUUUCCAAACCCCAUUACAGAGGAGAAAAAGAAAAACCUUAUAGAUCUAUUGCCCUAUAUAGACAACGUGUUCCACGAAUUCUACAAAGGCCUUCCCACCCAGAAGGAUCUUCAUGAAAUUUUGCCUGAUAUAGAAGAAAUUGACGAAGAUAAUAUAGAGUAA